CCUGGUUGUAAACAUAAAAGGCAGGAAACAAAAGAGGCGCGUAGGAUUGAAGCAUAAGCAGAAAUCGAAACACAUUCACAUUAUGCAUAGGAGCCGCUGAUCCUGAUAGACUACAGCAAGAGGUUCGUCUACAUUUCGAUUUCCAUCCUUCGACAACACCAUAUAAGGCAACGACAACAUACACAAGCGGAAGAAAUCAUGUUGCUGGUCGGGGAGGCGCCUUCUACAACGCCCGUGGUUGUAGUAGAUUAUCGGGCGGAGGAUGCCGGAAAAACAAUACCAAGUAGCAAAAAGAAGUACAUCUGGAACCUCCGAUUCGUGGCUGUUAUGAGGUUGAUGUCAGGUUCCCUUUUGAAGGUGGUCUAAUUUUUUCGCUUAAUUACGCCUGCAUGAGUUGUAGUUGUAAACAAAUUAAUUUUGAUUCUCUAUAGUUUGUUCCGGUUCUUAUUUAUUUUGGUUGCACAACAAGAAAGCGGCCAAGAACUGAGCAACGACGUGACGAGUCAGGAUUGUUUUGGCCUAGAAGAUAUGGAAUUCAUUGGUUCUAUUGGAGCUCUAAUUCGAAAGGUGAGACUAGCGCAAGUGCAUCGUCCCGCUCGAUCGAGCAUGAGGUGGUUUUUACAUCUACUGCGUUCACGGGCAAGCGCAGGAUUCGUGUGAACGGAUUUCUACAACAUGAACAACAGGUAUGCUGUAGUACUAGUGAUUUUGUUUCUGAUUUGCUCUAGUUCGUCCAUCAUCAUCCACUCAUCACUAUCAAUCUUAGAUAUGAUCUAUGCCUUCACUAAAAACACACGAAUUCCUCGACCCUCACAACCAGGUGUUUCAAGGGAGUAGAUUUUACUAUUCGUGGCCUUUAGCCGGACAUUUGUUGUCGAUCGCACCGAACAAGGACCACAAGGACGUGCUGGAAGCGAAUUUCUUUCUCAGUAUUGAUGGCGUCCCUUUUUUUGACUACCCAAUGCACGAGGAAGGCGGCGCAUCCUUGUUUGCUGUCCUCAUUGGCGGUGGGCGAGCGACGAGUGGUCGAGGCACUGGCAAUCCAAGAGGCGGACAACAAAUGGCCAUUCCUAGGAUACGGCUCAAAGUCUCUGCAGGUUCUUUUUCUUACAGGUUCUCUUUCUUAGAUUCGAUCUUGUGGAGGUGUCUGAGGGAAUGGACCACCCAAGAAAUGUGAGUACUUAGUUUUUUGAGCUCUAACUCUGGAAAACGAGAACAGCUAUCAAAAUAAUGUGCCUUUACCAAACUUUUUUGGCGGAGGAGCGGCGCCAGCAAUAGAAGCGCCAACCGAGAACUACAAUGGCGCAUACAGUUACGCAGGCUAGAUCUAGUCAUAGGUGCUGUUGUCAAAAAAAACUGGGUUGUUCCACGAUGACGCACUUCAGCAUGAAUCCUUAAACUGAAACAUGUUGUUUCUAAUUUUCGGAGCCGCCCGAUCCUCCCGUCGGUAAUAUGAUGAUCACUGGAGGACCUCCUAGUAGGCCUCCAGACCCAGGUCCGCCUGCUGUUACCACAAUGGUUGCCUACGCACCUCCUGGACGUGGUGUUGGAGCGAAUCAAGGUGCAACUGGAAGUAGUACGAACAACAUGCUGAAUCGGAACAACAAUAAUUUGACUGGCAUAACGGGUUCACCUGCUCUUACUGACGCUACUUCCAGGAAUGCCUUAACGAAUCAGAUGAGACCUGCAGAACUACCGCCACUUGACCAACAUGCUCCCCGUGACAUGCAGCAGAAGCCUGCUCCAGAACCAGUGCCGUCUGGUGCACCCAUAGCUCUGAAAGAUCAUGCCGCAACGUCUUCGUCGAGUUCCUCAGCAAGCUCGUCUUCGGAAGGAGAACAACAACCGGCAUUGGCGUUGACUCAUGUCGGCACUGCUGGUUCCAAAACAUCGUUUCAUUCAUCUACGUCAAAUGGUACAACUAGAGCAGUUGUUCUUGCUGUACCUUCGUCGAAUGCAGCUGGUGAUGCCAACGCCAAGAGUUCAUCUAAAGGCACAACAACAUCAACAAGCCCGCUAUCUCAAUCUCGAGGAGGACAGAACGCUAACGACGUAGGAGCGAAGAUACCACUAGCUUUACAAAACGGCAGUCAAGCUCUUCAAGGGAAGCCAUUAGCAUUGGAAUACAACCACCUUCCAUUAGGUUCUCUACAACCACCUUCCGCUGCCAUGUCCAUGUUUGACCGUGGCCGUGGGCAACAGGAUCACUCAUCUUCUUCGUCGUCCGAUGAUGAGGGGUCUUCAGAAUCGUCCUCUAGCGGAACAAGCGAUGCUCAAGACUCCAGGGAAAGGGAACGAAGAGAAGAAGCGAUGCAAAAGCAAUUGCAAAAGCAGCAGCAGAUGCAAAAGCAGCAGCAGAUGCAAAUGCAACAAGGGGAGAAGAUGCGGCUUCAACAACAGCAACAGCAGGCACAACAAGCAAGACAGAGCCAGCAAAUGCAACAACAGCAAGGUGCGCCGCCAAUAAGAGUAGUGCCUCCUCCUGCUGGACCUGGAGGCAGCAACAUAAGCACGCCAGUAGGUCAGACUGCUCAGCCGCGGUCAAACGUUCCAUCUCCAUUGGGCGCGAAUAUGGUAGCUGGUCCUGGUGUGCAGCAAAUGAAGUCUCCCCUGAACAAUUUUCCUCAGCAACAGAUGAACCUCCGGCAAGGAGGUUUUAUUCCACAACAAGGUAAUAUGCCUCAACAACAACCACAGGUGUACGCAAAUAUGCCUCAACAACAACCACAGUCUUCGAGUAAUCCAGCCUAUAGUCCUCAGAGCUUUAGUCCGCCGCAGCAAGUCUCGCCAGUGCCAGGAUAUGCGAUGCCAAUGAAUCCUCAGCAGCAAGUGCUCAUGAACGGACAGCAGCAAGUGCUCAUGAACGGACAGCAGCAAGUGCCCAUGAACGGACAGCAGCAAAUGCUACAACAACGGCAGCAGCAAAUGUUACAACAACGGCAGCAGCAGAUGUUACAACAACAGUUAUGAAGAUGACUGAAGAGAACCCUUAGUUAAUCAAAAAUCACGAGCGCCUCUCUAACGCAACAACUGGCGGCGCAACAGGCGCAACAACAACAGCAGUACUUGUCUACGGUACAACAGCACCUUUCGCCGGCGCAAGGGUCAUUGUCUCCAGGAAUACCACCACGAGGCAUGCCACCACAAGGCAUGCCACCUCAAGGACAGAAUUUCAUGAGGUAGCUGCAUUGGAGACGAGGUGAGGAGUAGCAUUUGAAGGUAUUGAAUGUCCUUGGAAUAACUAAUUAUGAAAUUCCUUAGAAUCUUUUCGAAUUUUGAUAUUGACAUCAUCAUGUAUCAACAAAAGUAGACUUCUCUCUUUCAUUUAUUCCGUUUUAUCAUUUGCGGAGGUCCAGGUACCAGCGCGUAUUCCUUUGCGCCAGUCAAGGUAACUCAUUAAGAUGAUUCGGAAAUAACUUGCGCGCAAUAACAAAGUAGACAAGCCUUUAGUCUUUACAUGUACAUCAGCGAGGAAGACUAGAAAUUUCAACACAGACGACCAAACACGAACAGAAGUAAGACGUGUCAUCUACAAGCACGAAACGUUGUGUGUCAUCUACAAUCAUAACGCAAUGGAUUUGCAAUUCACGUCCCAACUCACCACGCCAUGGAAGAAAAUUCGAAAGUCAAAUUUCGCAAAUUCAUUUUCAUAAAUUGUAUUCAAAAAAUACUGCUGAUCCUGUUCAACGUGUCAUGAAAAAAGGCACUUAUGUAGUUGCACAUGAGUUUCGGACUGCAUAUUUGCUUGUGCUGGGGAGCGACAUGUGUUCCACUUGGUU